AUGUGGACUUGCAUUGAUGGUUUGAGCAACCAGCAGUGGCAUUCUGUACCUGCCGGAGUGCGAAACUUCACAACGGCAGAACCUAAGACGACCACCACUACCGCAAGUACCACCGCAACCUCAACCUCCACCAGCACAGCAAAUCCCACAGCAACCUCAACAUCCAGCAAUGCAGUCAGUACUUCAACUUCAGAGAGCCCAUCUACCUCCGAGACUGCGGCGCCGACCACCACGCAAACGACCACACCCCAGCCCCUGACACCUCUUCGCAACUGUCAGCUGGAGCCCCUCGUGGAAGGCUCCGGUUGCCGUCGUUUGGAGCUUUUCGAAGGGGAGGUCUUCGACGUCGGUGAGAAUGGCCAGGAGACGGCUGGCCGUCAUGCUUGUCUGAAAAAGCUGCGCUGGACGGAAGAAGCAGACACCUUUGUGCAUUCUUUGGGUCGAUGUGAGCUAUGGCACUGUGGCACCCUGGCACGAGUCCGAAUGUCCGCUGGGCCCGGAGGUGGGCUUUCAGAGUCGCCCUAUGCCAUCGCACUCAAAACGGCUUCGGGGCGGUACAUAACAGCUGCAGAGGAUGGAACGAUGAGGGCCGACGAGCAAGCAUUCGUGCCAGAAGCCCUGUUCCUGCUGAUGCCCGGCAGUGGCGGCAGGUUUGUAUUGAAGGCACAGAAUGAUAGGUACCUGAAAGCAGAACCUGGCGGACAUUUGGCUGCCGUAACGGAGCACUGGGAUGAUUGGGAAGAGUUCGAAAUUGUCCAGCAAGACGCCGGCAAGUUGGCUUUGCGAACUUUUCACGACACAUACGUCUCAGCAAACCAGGACGGGUUCGUGUCUGCGGUCGGCUACGGCACCACGCCGGAGACGAUGCUGGAGCUUGUUAACAGGUCCAGCGCAAGCUUGGAGUAUAGCUCCGAGCUCGUCCAAUUCCACAAGACGGUGUCAGAUCCAUCCAGCCACGCUGUGUGCAGCAGGCCGGGUGCGCAAGCUGCUGUUCGGUGCUGCUCCGAUGAAGGCGCUGUGCCUGAGGAUACAUACGGCUGCCAUGCCCGAAAGAACUUUUCUGAAGCAGCCGCCCUUUGUCAGCAGAGUGGUCUCCAGUUGUGUACAGAAGCUCAGAUCUCGGUCUGCCCUGGUUGUACCUGUGGCUUCGAGAACCAGCAGAUUUGGACCUCCACAGCCUGCGAAGGCACGGAAGGGCUCACCCAACGGCGCCUUGGCCAAAGGAACGACCGUGCCGCUGUGUUCAGCAGCUUCUGUGGCUACCAACCGGGCAAGGGUGGCCUCCACGGUGAAGAGGUGAGGUCCACCGUCUUCGUCAAGUUGAUGGAGUGGAACUACAAGGACAUUGCCAAAGAAUGCACAGAAUAUCUGGCCCCGAACGGCUUUGAUGCCGUGCAAGUUGCCCCUGUCACGGAACAUGUCUUGGGCUACCAGUGGUGGGUGAAGUACCAACCCGUCUCGGCCGGCCUGGACACGCGCUCGGGCACUGAGGAAGACUUCAGGGCUAUGGUGGCGACAUGUCGGGCAGCUGGCGUGCAGGUCAUCGUGGACAUUCUCAUGAACCACAUGGCUGCUCCAUGUCGGAAGGCAAGGCAGAUGAAGCACAAGAAGGCCAACUGGACGACAGAGUCGGACAUGCCAUGCGUCGGAUGGGGCGGAAGCAGGUACGGCAAUCGCAUGCAGCAGGGUGCCAAGGGCUGGGAUGCGGCCUCACCGCGCCAUUUCCACCACAAGAAGGAUGAUGCCAUGGAGCCAUGGUGUCAGGUGGGGCCGCAGACUGGGUGGCUCUGCCCGGACGAUGAUUGCACUCCUUGCGACAUGUACGCGUUGCCGGACUUCGCCACAGAGUUGGAGGAAGUCCGUGAGAUGCAAGUCAAACACCUGGAGGCCAGCGAUCUCGAAGAUGUUGCAGGGGAUCUUUUCCACAUUGGUGUCACCGCCCUUCGCGUGGAUGCUGCCAUCUACCACCACGUUUACGAGCUGGCCGCCAUGGUCAACAGGCUUCCGUGGGAUCUCGUCUACCAAGAGUGGUGGGGUGAAUAUCCACCACAUGACCGAACGGAGUACGUCGGCCUUUACAGGGAUGUGGCCUACCGCUGGCAUUUGGUGAACCGUCUUGCGGGCAAGAACGCUACGGAGCUCCCCGAGCUCCUUCAGCUGGAGAGUGGUGUCUUCGGAAUCACCCAGGACAUGGCCGUCUAUCCCUUUGCUUACCACGACGGGCGCAGCAAGGAUUCCGAUCCCGAAAUCGCUACGUACAAGAACGGCCUGGCCUUCCACCAGCAGCAGAAGUUCUUCCUGUCCUGGCCGUUCGGGGAGAAGGUGCUGAUCUGGGGUGGCUACGGAUGGCGGGAUCUUACACAUGGGCCGCCAGGCUGUGACAAGUCGGAUGGUGACCACUGCACACCAGACUCCGUCUACGAUGAGGACGGACACGCCCAGUGCAUGCCGGCCCCAACAGUCUCUCCUCUACCCAAGUCGGCUGCCAGAGAGAGGCGGUGGAUUUGUGAACACCGAUGGCAGGGCGUGGCAGGCAUGAUGCACUUUCGAAAGGCCUGUCGACAACAUGCGGUGUCAGAGAAGUGGGAGGGCGGCAAGACUGAAGGCGUCGGCAUCGGUCGUCUCGCCUUCCGCCUGGGUGGUGACUGCUUCGUCGCACUCACGCGUGGCAGGAGAGAGGACGAAGAUGAGGAUGUGGCUGGGGUUGGUGGGACUUGGGAUUUGACAGGCCUCAAGAUCGCGCUGCCCCAGGGUCGAUAUUGCGACAUGUCCUCGCUCCACACGCAGAAGGGCUGGGACCAAAGCAGUUGCCCCAGGGAGGUGGAGGUGGACGAGGAAGGAGUGAUCCAGCAUGGCUCCGUCACGCAGGGAGCUGCCCAGCCGCAGUCCACACCCCUCCGAAGAUGA